AUGGUGUCCAUCACAGAACAAACCGCUAUAUUGUCCAAAUAUCUUGAUUUGGACCAAAGAGGCAAGAUCCUUGCUGAGUACGUCUGGAUCGACUCCGAGGGCCAGACCAGAUCCAAGUGCAAAACGUUGUCCAAAAAGCCGCUGUCUAUCGAGGACUUGCCAGAAUGGAACUUUGACGGAUCUUCCACCGGCCAGGCUCCCGGCCACGACUCCGACAUCUACAUCCGUCCAGUUGCUUUUUACCCUGAUCCUUUCAGAAAGGGCGACAACAUCAUUGUGUUGACGGAAUGCUGGAACAACGACGGCACGCCCAACAAAUUCAACCACAGACACGAGUGUGCCAAGCUCAUGUCCGCACACUCUGACGAGGAGGUGUGGUUUGGCUUGGAGCAGGAGUACACCUUGUUCGACCAGUAUGACCAGGUUUACGCGUGGCCCAAGGGCGGUUUCCCCGCUCCUCAAGGCCCAUACUACUGUGGAGUUGGAACCGGCAAGGUCUACGCCAGAGACGUUGUGGAGGCCCACUACAGAGCGUGCUUGCACGCGGGCGUGAACAUUUCCGGUAUCAACGCCGAGGUCAUGCCUUCCCAGUGGGAAUUCCAGGUUGGACCCUGCGAGGGAAUCAAAAUGGGAGACGAGUUGUGGAUGGCCCGUUUCCUCUUGCAAAGAGUCGCCGAGGAAUUCGGAGUCAAGAUCUCUUUCCACCCCAAGCCUUUGGCCGGAGAAUGGAAUGGUGCUGGUUGCCACACGAACGUCUCCACCAAGCUCAUGAGAGAGGCUGGCGGCAUGAAGCACAUCGAGGAUGCUCUUGGAAAGUUGGCCAAGAGACACAAGGAGCACUUGACCUUGUACGGCUCGGACAACGAGAUGAGAUUGACUGGCCGUCACGAGACCGCCUCCAUGGACGCUUUCUCGUCCGGUGUUGCCAACAGAGGCGCCUCCGUGAGAAUCCCCAGAUCCGUUGCCAAGGAGGGCUUCGGUUACUUCGAGGACAGAAGACCUGCCUCCAACAUCGACCCAUACUUGGUCACCGGUAUCAUGGUGGAGACCAUCUGUGGAGCCAUCCCAGACGCGGACAUGUACAAGGAGUUUGCCAGAGAGAGCGAGUAA